UUUCAAAUCUUAUGCUGGAGAAGGCCGCGUCGGCGAAGCGGUGGGUCCUCGUGCUCAGCAGCUUGCUGGUGGUGGGUCUCAACUACUGCUAUGACAACCCAGGUGCCAUGAAGUCGCAGCUCCAGCAGCACUUCCACCGCAUUCCCAAGACCAAGUACGAGCUGCUCUUCAGCUUGACGUACAGCCUGUACUCGGUACCCAAUAUGGUGCUGCCACUCUUUGGCGGCAUCUUGAUCGAUCGCGUGGGGGUGCAGACCAUGACCAUGGUCGUCGUGAGCCUGGUCCUGGCUGGCCAAGUGAUCGUCGCCCUCGGGAGCGCCAUGCACAACUUUAACCUCAUCCUGGUCGGUCGCAUCGUGUUUGGCAUUGGCGGCGAAACCAUGAGUGUAGCACAGGUCAAGGUCCUCGUCAAGUGGUUCGACAUGUCCGAACUAGCGUUUGUGUUUGGACUCAGCAACAGCUUUUCCACGUUCUCAGCAGUACUCAAUUACAAAUGGAGUCCAUGGAUAGCCGACCAUUACGACGUCACGACCGCGCUGUGGGUGGGCGCCGGCGUGUGCGGUCUGUCGUUCGUCGCGGCCCUGCUGCUUGUCCAAAUCGACAAGAAAUUGCAUAUCGCUUCCGAGAAGUCAGAGGCGGCAUCCAUUCGCGACCUCAAACUGCUUGGGUGGCUGUUCUGGCUCCUAGCGUUGCAAUCCCUCGUCAACAGUUGCAUCGGCCCCUUCAACAACACUGCCACGAGCGUCUUUCUCGAACGAGACUACUUCCAGCAACCGCCGCCGCUCUGCCAGCGCUGCGGCCUCGGCUACUACAACGUCUACUGCGACGCCGUAUCCCCACACUGCCCAAAUGUCCCUCCAUUUGCAUGGCCACUACCAUUACUCUCCAAGAACUGCUCCAUCACGUCUCCCUUUGACCAGUUCCAGUGCUCGAAAGCCCCGCCGUACAUUCUAGACGAAGAUAUCAACUGCGACGACGUUGCGUGGAGGGAAGGCCCGUUCACCCAUCGCUACUGCGCCACGAAAUCCCAAGCGGCGGAGACUGCCACGUCAUCUCUGAGCUACAACCCCAUGGUGCAGACUGGCUUGGCGCCGUUGGCUGGGUGGCUCGUGGAUUUGUUUGGCAGGCGGCCGAUGAUAAGUGUCGUGGCGGAGAUCGGGGUCGCGGUGGCGCAUGCCGCCAUCAAUUACUCCCAAGUGACAGUGACAGUACCGCUCUUGCUGCUGGGUGUGAGCCAGUGCUUUUUGCAAGCCAGCAUGGGGUCUGCCUUUCCCCGUACGUACGUGUUUGUAUAUCCGGUCCAAGAUAAAGCAUACGGAUCAUUGACGUCUUGCAGUGGUCGUGCCUCCAAGGGCGAUCGGGACAGCGUACGGCUUUCUGGCCAUGGUCGGGGUACGACAGAAUGUGUGUACAUCUUGUGUUUUUUCCAUAUGAAGAACGAGUAAUAGAAUAUGGGUGCCGCGGUCACCCCCCUUGUCGUGGCAGCCCUCUACGCCCACUACGACCGGUACAUUCCCCACGUUCAAGUGCUGUUUGUGGGGUUCGGCGUGGCCAACGCCCUGCUCGGUGUGGCGCUUGUGGCCAUGGACAGAGCCCAUCAUGGCGUGCUCAGUCGCUUCUCGCCUCCUCGAGACAUGGACUUGGACCACAAGGAGCCGUUUCUGGAAUAGUCUUAACAGAAAUAUUGUCACGCAAAUUUGGCUGUUC